UGCCAAAACCCUGGAGGAGACCUAUUUAGUAUUCACCAUGGCAUAGCAGGCACCGGAAGGAGCUCGAGAAAAGCACACGGCCAUGGGGAAAGCCGACGAUAUCCUCCAAACUCUCGGAAAUUUCACCAGCAAAGAGAACUGGGACAAUUUCUUCACCAUACGCGGCCAUGGCGAUGCUUUUGAGUGGUAUGCCGAGUGGCCUGAGCUCAAAGACCCACUCAUUUCCCACCUUCCCAUCCUCUCUAAAUCCCCCUCUCCCCAGAUUCUCGUUCCUGGUUGCGGCAACUCCAGUCUCUCCGAGCAGCUCUACGACGCCGGCUUUCGAUGUAUCACCAACAUCGAUUUCUCUAAAGUUGCAAUCUCCGAUAUGCUGCGCCGGAACGUGAGGGAACGCCCUGAUAUGCGGUGGCGCGUCAUGGAUAUGACGAACAUGCAGUUCACGGACGAUACAUUUGAUGCCGUCGUUGAUAAAGGUGGAUUGGAUGCUUUAAUGGAGCCAGAAGUUGGUUCUAAGCUAGGAAGUCAAUACUUAUCAGAGGUGAAAAGAGUUCUAAAACCAGGAGGGAAGUUUAUCUGUCUUACCUUAGCAGAAUCACAUGUUCUAGGCUUGCUUUUUCCCAAGUUCCGUUUUGGAUGGAAAAUGAGUAUUCAUGUCAUACCUCCAAAACCACUGAGUAAGCCUAAUUUUCGAACCUUUAUGGUGGUGGUGGAGAAAGGUGAAUCUACUACAUGGCACCAGAUAGAAUCUGAUUUAAAAUUUUCUUUGCUUGAUUCCCGUGGAAAUCAGACCUGUGAACUUGUCCAAACUCUUGAGAACGAGAAUAGAAUCCGCCAGAAGUAUUCAAGUGGUGCUGAUUUGUUGUUCUCUCUCGAAGACCUGCAACUUGGAGCAAAGGGAGAUCUGCAGAAGCUUCACCAAGGCCGUCGGGUUCAAGUUACUUUAGGUGGACAAGGGACCUCUAUUUUCAGUUACAGAGCUGUACUUCUUGAUGCUCGGGAGCAUUCUGGCCCAUUCUUAUACGAAUGCGGGGUUUUUAUAGUGCCCAAGACUCGAGCCCAUGAAUGGCUGUUCUCUUCAGAAGAAGGCCAGUGGAUGGUCGUCGAAAGCUCAAAAGCCGCUCGCCUUAUAAUGGUUCUAUUAGAUGAAACGCAAUCUGGUGCCGACAUGGAUGCUAUUCAGAAAGAUUUGUCUCCCCUAGUCAAACAAUUGGCACCUGGAGAAGAUGACAGUGGAUCUCAAAUUCCAUUUAUGAUGGCAAGUGACGGAAUCAAGGAACGCAAUUGUGUUUUUCAGGGUACAUCUUCAUUAACUGGUUCAAUAGUGGUUGAAGAUGUAAUAUAUGAACACGUUAGUGGUGAUGCCAGCCGCAUCUUCCCAUCUGGAGAUUUGAAAUUCCGUCGCCUUAUUUUCCAAAGAACGGAAAGCUUGGUGCAGUCUGAAGCUUUGUUGAGAAGGGAGAGAGUUGAUGACAAAGUUUCUUGUCAGAUAGACAGGAAAAAGUCUCAUGCAUCAUCCAAAUCAAAAAAUAAAGGAAAGAAGAGAAUGAAUAAGGUGACAGAAUCUAGUGAUCAAAUGAAGGUUUAUCAUGGCUACCUGGCAAGUUCUUAUCAUUUGGGGAUCAUUUCUGGGUUUAUGUUGAUAUCUCGAUAUUUGGAGAUUGUUGCAUCAGCUGGAACAAUGGUGAAUGCAGUUGUCAUUGGGCUCGGAGCAGGUUUACUGCCCAUGUUCCUCCGUGCAUGCAUGUCUUUUUUACACAUCGAGGUGGUUGAGUUGGAUUCAAUGAUCCUCAAUCUUGCACGGGAUUACUUCGAUUUUUCUGAGAAUGCAGAUUUGAAGGUUCAUAUUGCUGAUGGGAUUCGGUUUGUUAGAGAAUUAAGAAAUUAUGGGACAAAUGAUUCCUCAACCGUUCUUGACAAUGGAAACUCGUCUCAAGUAGAACAGCAAGCAAACAAGAAGAUUGACAUACUUAUCAUUGACGUGGAUGCAACAGACUCUAGCUCUGGAAUGACCUGCCCAGCGGCUGACUUUGUAGAAGAGCCAUUUCUACUGGCAGUGAAAGACGCCCUUUCUGAGCAGGGUCUUUUUAUUGUAAACUUGGUCACACGAUCUCCAACCGUUAACGAUAUGGUUGUCGCGAGGAUGAAAGGAGUCUUUAAUCAUCUCUUUUCCCUUCAACUUGAGGAAGAUGUGAAUGAAGUGUUGUUUGCUCUUCCUUCAGAUUUCUGUAUAAAGGAGGAUCUCUUCAAUGAAGCAGGUCUUCAACUUGAGAAACUUUUAAAUCUAAAACACCUAGAAACGAGGCAGAGCAUAGUUGAUGCCACAAAGAAGAUCAGAUGUUUGAAGUAGAAGCUUGCACUUUCUCUGAAGAAGUAAGCUAAUUUAAAUUUAGAAAAUAUUGUAAUGUACAGUAAGAUAUAUGUUUUCUUUAGAUUUGAAUUUAUCAAGGAAAUAUUAGUGUUUUAUUUUGCUUAGAAGAAUGUUGGUUUGACCAUGCUAGAAGGGCUAAAACAUGUUCAUAUCUUUCUCAAUUAAGUUUUCGUGUCCUCGUUCAUUCUUGAGAAACAUGUAAACUAUAUUAUGUUUUGUGGUAACUCCGUCAAAUUGAGUUUCUAGUAUUUAUUUAUUGAGAGUUCAAUGAUGUACGGAGUGGUUUGAACUUUU